CGGUGACAAAAUUCACACGGGUUUUGGCCUUUCAAAAAUGACACAAAAAUAAUUCACUUACGAAUUAUUAUGGACAUGUUUUGUAUUUGUUGUGAGGAGAGACUCCUCCAACAUCAUCAUCGUAUCUCUUCCUCAUAAUAGAAUAUACUUUUCAUAUCAUGUAAUGUCUUCGGUGCUGUUUGGUUUGAUACAGAAAAUCCGAACAAAAGGGCUUCAUGGAAUUCACUUCUUUUGGUUCAUUCUCCUUUUAUGAGUAUGCUAGUCCAACCAAACUACUGCUAUGGCUGGCAUCUAUCUUCUCUGGCAUAAUCUUCUGUCUUAUUGCUUAUACAUCAACUGCUGUUUUGAGUUCUUUGUUGAUCAAGGGAUAUGGCAAAUUGAGCAGUGCAGAGAAAAUUGAAUGGAAUAACAGGGGAUUCUCUACGUUUCAUGCUCUCUUUGUAUCAUCUGCAUCUUUCUACCUCAUCUUCUUAUCAGAUGUCUUCAAUGCGAAUUCACAGGAGGUAGUUAUUAAUAAAUCAUCAAGGUUAUCAGAUACAGUAUUGGGGAUUUCUAUUGGUUAUUUUCUAACAGAUCUGGCUAUGAUUCUUUGGAACUUUCCAGCUUUAGGGGGUCUUGAAUAUGUUCUACACCACGGGCUAUCCAUAGGUUCCAUUACACUAUCCCUGCUAAGUGGUCAAGUUCAUAUCUACAUACUAAUGGUUCUUUUCUCUGAGAGCACUACUCCUUUUGUAAAUCUUAGAUGGUACUUGGAUAUUGCUGGACUUAAGAGUUCCAAACUUUACAUUUGGAAUGGCAUAUCAUUGUUCCUCGGGUGGUUGCAAGGAUUUUCUUAUUCAUGUUCCUUUUUUACCAUAUAUGGACCCAUUUGGUUGAGGUGCAGGAGGUGUUUCUUUUUGGCUUUUACACCUUGAUUAUGGUGCCUUCUGUGUUGGCAGUGAUGAACAUAUUUUGGUUCUGGAAGAUUGCAAAGGGCAUGGUUAAAACUCUCACUAAAGCAAAACACAACAAGGGAGCAUGACAAUAUACUCUUAACAUAGUAUCUUGACAUGGCCAACAAUUGUUUUAUAGUACAGUUACAAUCAACACUUUUGUUUUAACCUGAAAUUUUAAGCUUUACUUGUAUAUUUUGAAAUUUGAAAUACUCAAUUGAAAUUCUUUGUGUCAAAAUAUGACCACAAUCAUUUUCUUAGCUUUUUUUUCUAAUGAACAAGAGUUAAAUUAGGUUCUUCCUAUUUUUACUGAUCAGUUGGUAAGCUAGAAGGAUC